GGAAACGGGAGCACACGGAGGAAACCCAGCAGGAACACAAGCAGACUCCAGACAGGGAAUACCAGCAACGUGACUCCCUGCGAGACAGCAGUGCCACUGUGCCGCGCAACACACUGGUCUACAGAUGACUUCCAAGGGAAAGAAGCGUGUGGUUCUACCAACCCGUCCUGAGCCUCCAACUGCAGCCCAAAUCCAGGAAGACAUUGAAAAGGCAUCUCCAACUGAUCCCGUCUUCACAGUGCUCAAGGACGCCACUGAAGAGAUGCCCUUCGCUACUUCUACCCCAAAUGUGGACAGUGAGCUGGAAAGGAAAUACCAACAAAGCCGGCGAUACUACGACUUAAAUGAAAAGCUGCUGCAGAUGCGAGGAGAAGUGGCUGCCAAAAGGCAGGAGCUUCAAGAAGCAGGCAGGCGGCUGGAGGAGAGCACGGUUGACAUCAAGGAGAAGUCGCUCUGAGGAAUUUUUUACAAAGACCGGUAAUUUAGGAUUUGAACUUUUGUUGCCGUGCCACUCCCUUAAUGGUGACGGUAUUAUCAUGCCGUGGAAGGAUGUUAAUGGAGGUGGCAGAGCUAAGCUGAGCGUGAUUUGGGAAGAUUUUUUUUUUUUGGGGGCGUCUUCCCAAAACCAAAAUUCCGUCUAACGUUGUCGGCUGAAAGGGAAAGACGUCAGUCCGCGAUGACACAUACAUUCAUGUCACUUUACACGUCUACAGAAAUGCUUGGCUGUAGUUAAUCAAUCGGGCUUUGCGGACUUGAUGCUUACAGAAAGCAGGCAUACGCAUCUGAGGAAUACAAAGAAUUGUCCUCUGGUCACAAAUAAAAUGGCACAAGAUCUCCUGACGUCACUUUUGCUCAA